AAAAAUAGUAACGUAAAAAUAUGGAUUCCAUUAGCAGCACUAUCACUAUUAUAUGUUGUUGCCACGAUUCGAAUAAAAAGAAGUAAAAUUGAAGAGGAAAGGGUAUGUCGCCUAGAAGAACAAAUAAAAAGUAGAGAUGUGGAUGGAGGUGGAUAUAAUCGCGAAACAACACAGGUUUUAGAAUUGAAAGAUAAUCCCGCGGCAAAAGAUUAUGCUAUUCGUCAAAGUAAUUUAGAUGAAUUAAAAGCUGUUAAUGAACGACUUUUAUUAAAAUUGGAAUAUUUGCGGAAGAAAGCCAAACGACAUACUUGA